UUAGUUCACCUGCAAAACAGCUGAUAGAUAAGUGCAUGGAAUUUCAGUUCGGUUAUAAAAUUUUUCCACAAAUUUAAAUAAAUUUCAAUUAAAUCGUAAAAAAUUUGUUGCAAAUAUGUUGGCUAGACAUUCUUUAAAACUACCACGAUUGACAAACAUGUGUGCAUCAUUCUGUACUGCGACAGCGGAGGCUGCGGCGGAGCCUCUUUAUAAUCGCCCUAAACUUGCCCCAACUGAUUACCGCACUGGCGAGACAAACACCGACUUGCAUUCUAAAGUGCAUGAAGCCAAGUUCUACACAAUUGCACCAGAAAUUAAAAAACAACUGUUUAGCGGUGGUGGACUUCCCCGACAGUACGAGCAACAAAUAAAAACAUUUACCGAAACUUGUCUCAUGGUGCGACCGGCCGGUUUAGAGUUAAUAAAUUAUAUCCGUAAUACGGAUUUCAAACGACCAGCGAUACGAUACGUAUUAUACGGUGACAAUGGUGUUGGCAAAACUUUAAUUAUGGCGCAUGCAUUGCACUAUGGGUUACAAAACAAUUUUGUGCUUGUACAUGUACCAUGGGUACCCAAUUGGAUGAAGCGUCCAAAAGAAACUGCUAACGCUGCACAAGAAGGUUUUAUCGAUUUACCUUUCGAUGCGGCAGCGUGGUUAGUGCACUUUAAAACUCAAAACUCUAAUCUACUUACCAAGCUACAAUUGAAAACCAGUAAGGAUUACGUCUGGAGUAAAAGAGAAGCAACUCCAGCUGGUUCUACAUUAUUGGAAUUGGUGGAGCACGGUAUUGCGCGUAUUAAAUUCGCCUCCGAAACAAUAGCUGCUUUGUUAUCCGAGCUGAAGCAACAUGCUAGUGAAGAUAAAUGUAAAGUUAUGGUUGCUAUUGAUGGUUUUAAUGCAUUUUUCCACCCGGAGACACGUGUGUUUGGGGAUCAUAAACAACGUAUAACACCUGAUCGUAUUACACUGACCCAACCUUUCCUCGAUAUUACUAAUUACAAUUGGACUAAUGGUGUGUGUAUAUUAACGGUGGAUAAAAUAGGAAUGACCGAAGGUUAUAUGGAGUCGUACAUGCCACGUUAUUUACUCGGUAAGGAAGGAUUCGAACAUUUAGAUCCAUUUGUGCCAGUACGUGUGGAUAACUACAGUGAUAAAGAGUUCGCGAGUUGUGUACAAUACUAUUUAGAUCGAAAUUGGAUUCAGAAAACACCAGAAGGCUUUGACGAACAACUUAAGUACCUAAGCAAUAAAAAUCCUUAUACAUUAAUGCAAUUAACACGUUCGUUGUAAAUGAAUGCACAGUUUUGCCAACUGGAAAACCAAAUAUUGUUCACACUUUUUAAAAUAAAAUUAAAAAUAAUUAUCGAAA